CGUUUCAACAGAUUUGUUUCCUUCUGUUGCUUCACCGGCAGCCAUGGCGGCUCUGAAAGAAUUCUUCUCCCACCUCUACACCAUCACCAUAGUCUUCUUCACUCUCUUACGCCUUGAAGUUGUGAUUCUCAUCAGAUCCAUCACCGGCGGCGUUUCUGACCCAGAAAAACACCUGAUCACAACGACCCAAUACCUAAAACUCAUCGAAGAAAUGAACCCAACGAUUCGUUACUCGAGAAGAUGGUCGAGUGAAUGCGCGGUGUGUUUGAUAGAGCUUCAAGAAGGUGAGAAAGUGAGGAGAUUGAAAUGCCGCCACAGCUUCCACAAGGAUUGUUUGGAUCGGUGGCUUCAACAACAGUACUGGGCGACUUGUCCACUUUGUAGGACCAGAGUUUUGCCAGAUGAGAUUGUGGCUAACCAUCACAGGCUGCGAAACCAGGUAGAUCAUGAUGAAGAGAUGAUCUUGUUACCUGCAAUUCAUGGUAAUAGUUUACACAGAUUGUUCUUAUUCAGACUUCCCAAUUUGCUAACACUACUAUGA